UUGGAGUUUUUUUAUGCGAACACCUGGCAACCCCGCGUCCGACGCGCCGCAGACGAGGAGCGCUCCUGAAGCGCAGCAUCCCGACGGAGACCGGCUCGCCCCGACGACCGGCGCGGCGCAUCGCUCACGACCGCGGCGCGUCGACGCUCGACGCCACGCCCUGCGCGCGCAGCUCUGACUCACGACGACGCGCUUCGUCCUGCGCACAUUCAUCGCUCGCACGGAACCGCGGACCCCGAGCCAUGGCAGAAUCCGAGACGCGUCAGAGGCUGCUGCGCAACGUCAAGAAGGAGGUCAAGCAGAUCAUGGAGGAGGCCGUGACUCACAAGUUUGUGCAUGAAGACAGCAGUCACAUAUUCUCCUUCUGCGGUGUGGUGGAAGCGUGUGUUCUUCACGGUCUGAAGCGGCGAGCCGCUGGGUUUCUGCGCAGUAACAAGCUGGCGGCUCUCUUCAUGAAGGUGGGGAAGAUGUUUCCUCCGGCCGAGGAACUCUGCAGAAAAGUUCAGGAACUGGAGCAAAUCAUCGAGAACAACACAAGACAAAGCCAGGGUCAGAUGAGUCAAGAGAGCGUCCGGAAGCAGCCCCGGCCUCCAAACCUGUCUCCUCUGGCCAUCAAGCACCUGUGGAUCCGCGCGGCGCUCACAGAGAAGCUGCUCGACAAAAUCGUCCUGUAUUUGGUGGAGAACAGCAGCAAGUUUUACGAAAGGGAAGCUCUUCUGAGAGACCCAGUCGACGGCCCGAUCCUCGCAUCAUUGCUUGUCGGCCCCUGUGCUUUGGAGUACACAAAAGCGAAGACGGCCAAUCAUUUCUGGACGGAUCCGUCGGCUGACGAACUGGUGCAGAGACACCGCAUUCACAGCGGACACUGCCGGCAGGAUUCACCCACCAAGCGCCCGGCUCUCAUCCAGAAGAGGCAGUCGAGCGGCAGUAUGGACGACCGGCCGUCUCUGUGGGCGAGGGAUUACGUCGAAUCUCUUCAUCAAAACUCCAGAGCCACGCUGCUCUUCGGGAAGAACAACGUCCUGGUGCAGCCGACAGACGACAUGGAAGCGAUCCCAGGAUACCUGUCUCUUCACCAGACGGCCGAUCUGAUGACUCUGAAGUGGACGCCGAACCAGCUGAUGAACGGAAACAUGGGGGAGCUUGAUUAUGAGAAAAGUGUAUACUGGGAUUAUGCCAUGACCAUUCGUCUGGAGGAGAUCGUCUAUUUGCAUUGCCAUCAGCAAGUGGACAGUGGCGGGACUGUGGUUUUGGUCAGUCAGGACGGGAUCCAGCGGCCUCCGUUUCGUUUUCCUAAAGGCGGUCACCUGCUGCAGUUCCUCACGUGUCUGGAGACCGGCCUGCUUCCUCACGGACAGCUAGAUCCUCCGCUCUGGUCCCAAAGAGGAAAGGGAAAAGUGUUUCCGAAGCUGCGUAAAAGGAGUCCGCAUGGAUCCUGCGAGUCGUUCUCGGACAAAGAUGACGACGAAGCCACCGAUUACGUGUUUCGGAUCAUAUAUCCCGGCAGUCAGGAGUUCGUGGCUCCGGAGCUGAUGGACCAGACGGUGAACAUGUGGCAGCCCACGCCGAGGAAGUCGUCUUGUUCUUCCUGUUCACAGAACGGCUCGUCGGACGGCGGCCUUCCCAACGGAUGCAACCAUGACAGGGCUCCGCUGAAGCUGCUCUGCGAGACCAUGAAGCACCAGAUCAUCUCGCGCGCUUUCUACGGCUGGCUGGCGUACUGCCGUCACCUGUCCACCGUCCGCACGCACCUGUCCGCUCUGGUGAACCCCACCAUCGUUGAGCCCGACCUCCCCUACGAUGCCAAAGACGGUCUCUCCACGGACGUGUGGAAGGCCUUUCUACUGGACAGCACUGCGUACGACGAGGAGGAGCUGCUCCGGCUGGUGUAUUACGGCGGAGUGGAGCCGUCUCUGAGGAAGGAGGUCUGGCCCUUUCUUCUGGGACACUAUCACUUUACCAUGAGCUUCACGGAGCGCAAAGAGGUGGAUGAGCAGGUCCGAGCCUGUUACGAGCAGACCAUGAGCGAGUGGCUGGGAUGUGAAGCUAUCGUGCGUCAGCGGGAGAAGGAGCAGCACGCCGCCGCUCUGGCUAAGUGCGCGUCGGGCGCUAGCGUGGAGCGCGGCUCGCGCCAGGACUCCACCAUCAGCACGGACUCGUCUCAGAGCAGCAGCUCCGAGAAACAGAGUCACGCCGAAACACACAGCGACUCCAACAGCAGCACUCAGGUGUUCGGCUCCGUAGACGAGGUGGACCCGAUCGAAUCCGAGCCCAAACCCAAAGACGAGAAGCCGCAGCCCAAAAUCCCGAAUGGCACUCUGCCCAACAGCACCAGUUCUCCAGACUCCGGACACCCGUCCUCCCGCAACUUCUCCGUGACCUCGGCGCUCUCAGACUGCUCUCCCAGCACAGAGGACACGUCCACGCAAGAGUCGGGCCCCAGAACCGCAGGCCGAGAGCCAGCGCCAGGAGACCAGACGGACGAGAAGACCAAAGAAGAGCGAGAGCAAAACAGCUCCACUGCUCGGGAUACGAGCAAAGAAGAUGCUGAGGAUUCACAAACAGAGAGCGCUGCUUCAGAAGCGGCGAGAAAACCUCUAGGAAGUGACAAAGCCCAGAUUUUGAAAUCAGAAAAAGAGAAAGCGCAGAUUUUGAAUUCAGGAGAAGACAAAUCCCAGAUUUUAAAAUCGGAAAAAGAGAAAGUGCAGAUUUUGAAAUCAGGAGAAGACAAAUCCCAGAUUUUGAAUUCAGGAGAAGACAAAUCCCAGAUUUUGAAUUCAGGAGAAGACAAAUCCCAGAUAUUUAAUUCAGGAGAAGACAAAGCCCAGAUUUUGAAUUCAGGAGAAGACAAAGCCCAGAUUUUGAAAUCAGGAGAAGACAAAGCCCAGAUUUUGAAAUCAGAAGACAAAGCCCAGAUUUUGAAUUCAGGAGAAGACAAAGCCCAGAUUUUGAAAUCAGAAGACAAAGCCCAGAUUUUGAAAUCAGAAGACAAAGCCCAGAUUUUGAAAUCAGAAGACAAAGCCCAGAUUUUGAAUUCAGGAGAAGACAAAGCUCAGGCUUUGGGAGAGGCACCUAAGACAGAAACACACAAGGUGUCCGAUUCAGAGGUUGACGCAAACUCAAAAAGCGCAGCUGAUCCGUCAGAAAGAGAAAGCGCUGGCAAAUCAGAACAAAAUGACGCAAAUGAAUCGCAACGGGACCCUGCUGAAGAAACGAGCGAAUCCUCAGAGUCAAAAGUGGUUGAGAUCGAAGACCCAGGAAACUCGUCUUCUCCGUCCGGAGAGGGAAACCCAAAAUCAGACCCAGAAGCGUAUCCGAAAAUGAACGAGGGCCAAGACGCCGAAUCCGAUCCACAGCCAUCGCUGGACGUCACGGAAACCGCUCAAGAGGACGAAAACCAGCCUGAACGUUACGAUAUCAUACGAUCCCUGAAUGAAGGCAUCGGUGCGCCGCCGGUGUUCAGCUGGGACGCCGGGCGAUCCAUAAUCAAGCAGAUCACCGAAUCAGAGUCGGAGAGCUGCGGCCCCAUCACCUCCCUAUCGAAACAAUCUCCGGACAUGUCCGACGACUCGCCCUGGGCGCUGGAAAUGGAGGAGAUCGCCUCCUCGGUGGUUUAUAUGUCCUCGGAGAGCAACGUGUCCAGGACGCCCCUGUGUCUGGCUCGCCCCGUGGCCCCGGAGAAGACGGCCCUGGGGGCUCCGGCUCUGGAGCUCUGCAUGGAGCCCAGCGUCAACACCACUCCGGAGGGAACCGACUCGGCGCUCUCCGAGGAGGAACCCGACAUGGACAGCUUCCCCAAACCAGACUCGCUAGCCGUCACCGGAGACAAGAACGACAUCGCGUCCCCAGUGUCGUCUAUCGGGACCACCUACUCGCAGGAGCUGGUGGACCUGUACACACUUAAUCUGCACCGCAUUGAUAAAGACGUCCAGCGAUGCGACAGAAACUACUGGUAUUUCACUCCAGCCAACCUGGAGAAGCUUCGUAACAUCAUGUGCAGUUACGUUUGGCAGCACCUCGACAUCGGAUACGUCCAGGGAAUGUGUGACUUGCUAGCGCCCCUGCUAGUCAUCCUCGAUGAUGAGGCCAUGGCCUUCAGCUGCUUCACUGAGCUCAUGAAACGAAUGAACCAGAACUUCCCUCACGGAGGAGCCAUGGACACACACUUCGCCAACAUGCGCUCCCUCAUCCAGAUUCUGGACUCGGAGCUGUUUGAGCUGAUGCAGCAGAACGGCGAUUACACGCACUUCUACUUCUGCUACCGCUGGUUCCUCCUGGACUUCAAGAGAGAAAUGGUGUACGAUGACGUGUUCUCGGUGUGGGAGACUAUCUGGGCCGCGCGGUUCGCCUCCUCGGAGCACUUCGUGCUGUUCAUCGCGCUGGCGCUGGUGGAGCUCUACCGCGACAUCAUCCUGGAGAACAACAUGGACUUCACCGACAUCAUCAAGUUCUUCAACGAGAUGGCCGAGCGUCACGACGUCCCGAAGCUGCUGGUCAUGGCCCGAGAGCUGGUGCACAAGGUCCAGAUCCUCAUCGAGAACAAGUGAAGCCUCUUCUAUUAGCAAUCUGAACACACUCGGCGUCACUAACCCUCAGCUCAAGUUAACUACAUGCCCAACUACUGCUGUUUUCAUCUGCCCAGACGAUAUUUGAGAUUCAUUCAUGCAUAUUGAAAGUUGGGGGCGGGACAAAUCUGAUAACGUUUAUUUAGUUAUGGACUCAAGCUGAUUUUGAUUUCGUGGGGUGAAUGGGACUCAGAAUAUAGGAGAUGAAGAGAGAGAUUAUAGUAAAAAAUACAAAACAAACCAAAAAAUAAAAUCAAAUGUAGGAUACUUUUAUACAAGGUGGUGGAUGUAAACAAAUGGCUAUGAAAUAUAUAAAGAGGAUCUAUGAAUUGCAGGGACGGCGUGCACCCUUUCCGAGACAGAUUUUCUAAAAGCACAAAGUAUUAAAAAAAAAAUAAUAAUGCUGUAUAUUUAUUUAUUUUUUAAACGUGUGAAAAUCGAGACAGUCAUCCUUGCUGCGGAUGUUUAACGCGCUUCACGCAUCACUUCAUGAAGUUUGCACAGAAAGAAAGAGAGACGGCCCCCGAGUGCGUCAGGGAGGAAAGGGAUGUUGAGCAUUUUUCAGCUGAUCUCAGAUCUCACCUCCGAACACAAAAGGAACAAAUAAAUGAUGUUUGCGGAAAAAUGUAGUAAAUCGUCAAUGUAAUGCUUUUUUUUUUUUAAUUUAAACAAA